AUGACAGCGCGCAACGGAGUCCUCCUCCACAGAACUCGCAGCAACUACCACCUCGGCGGCCUCUCUCCGCGACGCGUGCGGACCGAUGAGCAGGAAGCGGGAGUAAGGGAAGGGGAAGGCGGAGAAGACCCGGGGGAGGCAUGGAGGGGGGCGUGGGAGAAGGAAAUGACGGGCUCCAACGCCUCGGGCCGUCGCGGCGGCCACCACGAGAACACGGGCACGGGCAACCAGAAGGGUGGCAAGCGCGGUGGAUUGUCCCGACGGGUAUGGGACAAGGUGGCGACGGUGUGA